AUUUAUUUUCUUUCAUCUGCUAUCCAAAGACAUGAGAGGAUAAAAGGUCGCAGCGUUUACUCCUUCAACAACAAAAGCACUGGCAAUUAAAUUCUCUCCAAUUGAAACCCUUAACCAAACCAUGAAACCCACCACCUAACUUUUUUUUUUUUUUUAAAGAAAUAUCUUUACUCGCAUGUCCUGUCUUUUUUUCAUUUUCAUGGCUUCCCACCUUCUUUUCUUUCUGCUUUAGAUCCUUCCCCUCGUUUUCAUGGCUUCUGGUUUUCUCUCCAUUUCUCUUUAAUUUAGACCCUUCCAUUUUUUAUUAUAUUUUCCUUUUCGUUUUCAUUUUCCAUUUUAUCUUUGCUAGUGCAGCAAGCUCAUGAUUUCACAUAUACUUUUUGUAUGUUUCUCUAUUCACCAAGAAUUUUAUAGCAGAAACAAGAAAGAUAGAAUCUUGCAACACUAUUGGCUGGAAGAGAAGGAGAAGAAAAUUUCUCUUCUUUCUUGAAUCUCUCAUCAUUUCUUUGCACCACUAUAGUCAUUCCCUUAAGCAAUAAAAAAGAACCAUCCCUGCGUUUGUUUGGAGUUACUUCAUUGAAAGGACUAUUGCAUUGGCUUUACUAGUUUCAAAUUAUGGCAACUAAGAUCAAAGGCAUCUAUAAUAAGGGCUUCAAGUACAUCACACAAAUCUUCGUGGUGAAGGAAAGAGAGAUGGAAAUUGGCUACCCAACAGAUGUGAAACAUGUGGCACAUAUAGGUUGGGAUGGUAAUUCUGGUGCUGCACCGAGUUGGAUGACUGAGUUCAAGACAGCUCCUGAAUUCUCAACAACAACAAUUGGCAAUGCAAGAGAUCCCAGUUCUGUUAAUUUCUCCCCAUGGUCCUCCCAAGAUUUUGAUCAGUCAACUGGAUACUUCAACAUUUCAUCUUCAGAUCUUACCAAGAAAUCAAAAAGAAAAAAGAAGACAAGAAACUCCUCCCCUUCUUCAUCUUCAAAUUCCUCUUCAAGAUCUUCAUUAGCAAUCAAGUCCAAGGCUGUAUUGUGAACUGGAGUCCAGACGUAACCUGUAAGUGUAAACAAUGGCUGCCAUUAGAAUAUGGAAAUCGUUACAAAGAAAAGAAUAACACUCUCAAUUAAUGUAAAAACUGCGAAGAAAUCACCUUUCUCUUCUUUAGAAUGCCAUGAGAGCAAGAACCGAAAUGUUAACUGUUGUAGAUGAAAGAAAGAAACUAGAAGAAGCAGAGAUUUGUUUUUCAAUGGCGACAUUGGCAUAGCUAAUGUUUUUUUUUUUUUUUUGGGUUUU